AUGGCAUCGCUGUAUCCCUCAUUGAGGAGUCCUUUACUUCCUGGCCCGCAGUCACCUGGAACGCAGGCCGCACAGGCUCUCAAAGACGGAGUUCAGCGGCGGCUGCUGUCAUGCCAGCUCGAGGAUCUGAUCUGUGCAGGGACCGACACCAGGUCCACUCCAAAACCCCUCGUCACUGAAUUGACCAAGGAGCCGGCUCCGCCCGGAUUGCUAAAGAAUUCGAUCGAUGGCCAGCGAGGCCGUCCGACGGAGCGGAUUGUGCGGGACAUAGAAGAGCGCAAGGCCAGCCUGAGGAAAGUAGCCAAGCACUCCUGGAACCCCACGACGGAUCUGGAGCCGUCCUUGGAAGAGCGGCCGCUUCUGCUUCUGGGAGACUUCACGCCCAAAGAUGGUUUGAAGAAGGAGUCGGAAGCAGGAAACUGCGAGAGAAAGAUUCUCUUGUGGGAUGAAGGCCGCCGAUGUUUCGCAUCUCAUUGGCCGGGAGCUUUGGCCUCAAGCUUCUGCAGCUAUGCUUUCGACCUGCUGAUGCAGCAUGGGCCAUGGGAAGCACUGCACAGCAAGAAGGGGCAAGUCACUCGAGAGACCUGCUGGUAUGUUCGAGCAGGCUGUCGAUGUGACUAUACAUACGGCAUCGCGAGAGUCAGAGCCAAGAAGAAGCCUUCAGCCACCUUUCGAGCAGCAAUGGAGACGCUGCUUGAAGAAGUGAUGAGUCGGGUUUGUCCUGGGCUACCAAAAGAUGCGUGGCCGAAUUGUGCAAAUCUAAAUCUUUACACUGAAGCAUGGCAGUCCGUCGGUUGGCACGCAGAUGACGAGUCUCUGUUCAUGGGCCGUGAUCGCGACUGUCCCAUCGUUUCAGUGUCCUUGGGUGCCAGACGGGAGUUUUGGCUUGCCUUGCGGCACGAGAACUGCAUGGAUCCACAGCUAAAGAGUAUCGUCGAGGUGGACUUGUGUGAUGGAGACGUCUUGACAAUGGAGGGGCUGUGCCAGAAGCAUUGUGUCCACUUCGUGCCGUGCGACGUGCGCAAUGUGACACCGCAUCCAUGGCAGUCCGAUGGCCGUGCUCGCAUCAACGUUACCUGGCGCUGGAUCCGCGAUCACAAGCAAAGGUGUCCGAGGAGAGCGGCUGACGGAGACAAUGCCACCGACUUUUACUUCGAAAAACAAGGCCAAGUGCCUUCGGAGAAGAAAGCUUUGUUUGCACAUUCGUGGGCAGGGGGUCGGGCAUUGGCUUGGAGAUCCUGUCAAGAAUGCGACCACGAUGCGUGGAAGGGUGGCCGGAAUUGCUUGAAGUACCAGAAGCAGUGGCUUUGCAGGCCUUGCUACGAGUACAUGCUCACUGGUGGGCCUCCUCGGGAAAGGCUGCAGCCACCGAGGCAAAGAGGGCAGAGGCGGCCUGACAUCUCCAUGAUCAGAGCUCGUGCACUUCAAGCUGAAGCGGUUGAGGAAGGCACGCGCCAAGUUGCUGUCAAAACAGAGCAAGAUUUCUAUAAGCGGACGAAGACACAGUGUCUGAAGCAACUCCUGAUCCAGCUGAUGCGAACCGGCAUGCCUCUGAGGGAACGGUGUCUCUUACUGGGCAACUGCAGUGAGCAAAUGCUUAGGCACACAUGUGCCUACAGCAACAGCUACAAGUGCAGCACCAGGCGCUUCGAAUCGCCCUUGCGGCUGGCAGCAGGCAGCCAGAGUCGGUGUGUUGUCAGCCCGAAAGUGCGGAACCCCGACACCUUUCAGGCUGCUCCGAGAAGUUCCGAGACAGGCGGUCUGGUUACAUCGACGACCGCGCCUUUUACCACCUUCGAUGCUGAGGACCUGGCGAAGCAAGUCGGUUUCGCGACGACCUGCAACAUUGAGACAGGUGCGCGGUGGGCACCACCGCCUUGUGGUGGCGGUAGUGGUGACUCCUUGUUUUACCUGGGCUUUGGUUUUGCUUCGCUCGAGACCGCGGCUCUCCACGACCUGAAGAACGAGGUGGUCAUUGCAUUUCCUGCAUGUCUUCAAGCUCGAUGCGGCCCGGGCUUUUUCGGGACUUUGGGCGGCGAACGUCACCUGUUUGAGAAUUCUGGAAAGCUGCGGCUGCUCCCCCGGAUGGACACUCUCCCUCUCCUUCUGUGCCAAGGCGAUGAGGUCUUUCGGGACAACUAUGAGGAGCUCCAGCCAAAUCAGUCGACGACUCCGCAGGAUGACCCUCGCACGGCUUGGCAUCACGACGACACUUACGAUUGUGUGAAGAAAUCGGUGAAUGCCCGGCUGCUCCACGUGUUAUUGACCAUAUCCGCUUCAAGAGGACCAGUCUUCAUAGUUACAUGCAGCCAAAAGCUGCUGGCUCUACCCCUGGCUGUCAAGGCCGCCAAGGUCGUUGCCGAGACGGAGUACGACGGAAGCUGGCGACAGGACCACGCCCUGCAGAUGCUUGCGGUUCCGACGCAACCCCACAUGCCCGAGCGAGCCGACGUUAUUGCUUUGGAUGUGAUUCUCCGGUCACUGCGUGAGCUCCUGGGCCAAUCCCAGGCAGAAAUCAACAUGACACAAACGCAAAAAUGGACUCAGCGGAACGAGCACCUGUCUGCAGGCAGAGGAAUUGGUGAACGUCUUGGGCCUUUCGCAGCUUGGAGUCUGGCCGCACAGACGGUGAAUGUCACGCUGCAUCCAGGGCCCUUGACAUGGGAAGUGAAACUGGUGAACCCAGAAGCUAUAGUGGUUCAAAUAGGAGGUUUGGACUACUCGCUUCAGUCUAUGAGCUUCAAGUCGCCCUCGGAACAUACAGUGGAGGGUGCACACAAUGGUAUGGAGAUCCAGAUGCGGCAUGUGGCAAAGAGCCCUUUCGGAGGUGGAGAGAAGGUGCUGAUGGUUUCCAUUAGCCUCCGGCUAGCUGAGAACGUCAAUGUUGGCAAUGCUUUUCUGAGCCCCAUUUUCUCAACUAUGCCCUUGGAUGGUCAAGGGGCUCCGUCCGUGUUCAUUGCCAACCCUUACUUAGACCUUGCUCCUCCGGACAAGUCCUACGUGCGGUACUCCGGAUCGACCACCGCUCCGCCUUGUGAGCAUGCUGAUUGGAUUGUCUUCAUGGAGCCGGGAUACCUCGGAUUCCAGCAGCUCGAGCAAUUCCGAUCCAGUAUCAGUGGAUACCAACCCUCCAGACUGGCACCCGCGAACAGCACCCCACCACUCGGCGUCUCCGAAGCUUGGGACAGUCGGUGGGGGCGAAACAAUCGCCUCGCGCAGGAUCUGGAAUUUCGUGAGGUUCAAAUGAUACAGAUGAUGAAUGUUGAUGCAAGUGCCGUUCCAAAGCUGACGGCAUUCACAGGCAUGGCAGGAAACGCAUCCUGGCAGCAGCUGAACAUUUACUGGAUCAUUGCCUUGACACUUCUGGUCCUGGCGUGCGUCAUCUGCGGUGUAUGGCUGCUCAGAGCACAGCUCUUUCACGAGGAGGAGUAUCCAACUGGAAUGUAUGGUAGGGAGCUUCGGAGCAACGGUUGCUGUGAAGUUUCGGUUCCAGCCAUAUGCACCACAUCCGGGGCAAUGGCACAUGCCAGCGCCAUCCUACCUAGCACCCUUCCCAGAGCAGUGCAGACCUUAGGUACAUGCAUGCUGCACCUGCGAGAGCUGGCUUUGGCAAACAGGACGUGGGACUUCGAGUUUCUCAUUCCCUUGCGCGGAUUCAGUGAUGUCAUCGUGAACUCCGCCAACGAAACGCUCGAAGGCCCGCUUUUUCCAUACUUCCCCAUCGGUGCAGAGUGUGAGAGUGGUGACGUGUACUACCAAGAUGACGUGGUUGACGGCCGAAUCCACAAAGCUGGUGGCCCCGCAUUGGGUCGACUCUGCAGGCGUCUUCCGGAGUUGCCGCCGGAAGACGACCCAGAUGGACCAUUUCCAAGUCCCUACACACAGCGAUGCGAGAUCGGAGGCGCUCGCUUGACAAAGGUGCCCGAGGGCGGCGAGCUGGUCCAGCACUGCCAGUAUGUCGCGCAUGCUGUCGUGCCAAUCUGGGCCGGAGAUUUGGACUUGGAGGAGCAGAACCAACGGCUUAGCCUACUAACAAAGGCAUACGCCUCUGCUUUUGCCGCUGCCGCAAGCUCGAGCAGUCCCGUGUUGGCUACCCAGUGCGUAUGGUGUGAUUUAUGGGCGUUAGUUUCUUUUUUGGUGCGUGUGUGUUUCAUAUUUAAAUCGCUUCGCGUCGUCCGCCUCGGCCCGGCUGUACUUGAAAUCGAAUUCGCAAAUGCUGUAAGCUAG